AACAGGGAUGAGGAUGGAGGCAGAAAUGAACAGAGCGCAGAGAGAUUCACAACAUUCUCGCGAUUGAUCAGGAAGCAGGUGCUGGACCUUCAUCCACAUCAAACUGAAAUCAGAGCAGAAAUGGAUGUGCGGCAGGACUAGAUGAGCUCCAGCAUCUGACCGAAAGAACUUCGGAUUCACGCGAAUCUAGUCUCGAGGUCAUCGAUCAUCAGUUCUUUCAUUCUAUUUGAAGCUUUGCGCGUUUCGCGGGAUCUUCGCCGAUUUUUUCGCCUUUAAAUCAGUGCGCCGGCUCAUCCUCUGCAGUUUGAAGCUGCACCGCACGAACGGAGGCUGAUCAUGAAUAUAAAACACAUCAGAUUCGUCAUAUAAUGGGGAUCGAGGACGCGAGCAUGAGGAACGGACGGGCUCUGUCCGAUCAGUGGGCCGACAGCGUGGUUGUCCGGCCCCGGACGACCGAGCAGCACAUCACGGUGAAUGAGAGACUUGUGCUGGGCUUCGCCAUCUCCAUCCUCACCCUCAUCGUAGUCACGGCCAUCGCAAUCACGCUCCGCAUCAGCUUCGAGAGAAUCACGCUCAGCGUCAGCUUCGAGAGAUGCGCCGCGGAGAGCAGCGGGGCUCUGGCAGCGAACGGCUCCAGCAACAGUAAGUGGAAACAGUCCCGGGACGGGAACAUCAGCCACAGAGACUCAGAAGACGGCCAGCAGCCCUGGAGACAUCUGCGCUUACCGGCCACCCUGCGCCCGCGACACUACGACCUCCGACUGUCCGUGUACAUGGAGAACUUCACCUUCUCCGGCGAGGUGAACAUUGAGUUUGAAUGCGUCCACUCCACGAAGUUCAUCGUGCUGCACACGGACCGGCUGUUGGUGGAGAAGGUGCUGGUGUAUUCGGACAGUAAGAAAGCGAGCGCCAUGAGGAUCCAGCGCCGCUUCCACUACCAGCCCAAGCAGGUGUAUGUGAUCGCGCUGCACAGAGAGAUGAAGCCCCUCAGAACUUACAAGAUCAACAUCACUUUUCACGCGCACAUUGAGCACGAGCUCCUGGGCUUCUUCCGCAGCUCGUACGUGCUGAAUGGAGAAAGAAGGUUCCUUGCAGUGACGCAGUUCUCACCGACUCACGCUAGAAAGGCCUUUCCGUGUUUCGACGAGCCCAUCUAUAAAGCCACAUUCAGAGUGAGUCUGAAACACGAGAGCUCGUAUCAGUCGCUGUCCAACAUGCCAGUGGAGGCCUCAACGUCUGACGAGGACGGAUGGGUGACCAACCAUUUCUCCAGGACGCCCCGCAUGUCGACGUACUAUCUUGCCUGGGCCGUGUGCAACUUCACCUACAGAGAAGCAGUUACAGACAAUGGAGUUGUGAUUCGGCUGUACGCCAGACCUGACGCCAUCCAGAGCGGAUCAGGGGACUACGCUCUGCACAUCACCAAGAGACUCCUGCAGUUUUACCAGGAUUACUUCAAAGUCAAAUAUUCCCUCCCUAAAUUAGAUCUCCUGGCAGUGCCAAAGCAUCCGUAUGCAGCCAUGGAGAACUGGGGCCUGAGUGUAUUUGUGGAGCAGAAGAUCUUGUUGGAUCCUGACGUCUCUUCCUUCUCCUAUCAGAUGGAGCUCACCAUGGUGGUGGUGCACGAGAUCUGCCAUCAGUGGUUUGGGGAUCUAGUCACACCGGUUUGGUGGGAGGAUGUUUGGCUGAAGGAAGGAUUUGCGCAUUACUUCGAGUACAUCGGGGCUGAUUUCCUCUUUCCAAAGUGGAACAUGAUGUUUGGUGAAAGACAAGGCAUAGCUUCAAUCCACAAUGCUCAGCCGUCUCACAGGAGUCAAUAG